CGCAUCGAUAGAAAUGGCGUCGAGGAAGCGAAUGAGUCUGGUGUUGGACGUGGUGACGUGCUGUGUGCUGGUCAUCGGAUUCAUCAGUCGUGCGGCGGCCACGCACAUCGAAGGUGAGUACCUGGAGCGGCACAACGAAGCUCGGUCUCGUGUGGGAAUCAGCGACCUGGAGUGGAGCAAUUCCCUCGAAAGCUACGCGACGGACUACGCCGAGCGACAAGCCUCAUACGGAUGCUCCAUGGUCCACUCGAAUGGCCCUUACGGAGAGAAUCUGUACUGGUCCAGCGGGUACAGCAGCCCUUCUGACGCCGUCGACUCGUGGCUCGAAGAAGGCCGAGACUACAAUUCCAACUUCAAUUCCUGCUCUUUUGGCAGAGUCUGCGGCCACUACACUCAGAUUAUUUGGAGAAAUACUCGAUACAUGGGAUGUGGCUCGGCUACCUGUCCAACUGGUGGAAAAUUUGUAGUUUGCAGCUACUAUCCUCCCGGAAACUACUACGGGGAAAACCCAUAAGAUUGGGCUGUGUGUACUAGAGGAACACAGUAGUUUGUUCUCCAUGACGGCUUCCGUGUUCGAAUCGUCGAUUUUCAUUUCGUAGGCACCAAACCGAUAGGUCUCCACUCUCAUAGGAAAAGGAAAAGGGUGCUUUUUGGUGGUGUGUACCUUCCUCAGUAGGGCUGGCGUAGACAGGACUUGGAUUUGGAGUUUCAGAUUUGGUGUUUCCAGUGGUAUUUAAUAAAGUCAUUAAAUGAGUUUCACAACUGGCAAUUCAUUUGCUCUUUCUCAUGGAUGGCAAGUCCGUCGAGUGAAUUCGUACUGUGGAUUCUGAAUUAUCCGAACAACGAGGAGCUUCAGU